UGAAUAUAAAAUGCUCGAGCUAACAUGAACUAUGUUUCUUGACUGGAAGAGAUGAGCAAAAGUCUAUUUGUAACUAACUGAUACACUUUCUAUAGCAUGUAAAGAAGGAUGUUGUAUUUGUUUUAAAUUAAAAAUUAAAAAACUUUUAAUAAAAAAAAAGAUUUACUGAUUUGUUGGGCAGGUACAUCUUUUAUUAGACUAACAAGUGCUUGGUUCUGUGUGACUGUCAAAGACGGCACCCUAGGAGUGGGCCCAAACUUGGGGAUGGGACAUUUAUGAGUAAGAUGGAUGCUUUAUGCAUCUGCAGCACUUCAUUCUGACUCUCAGUAUUGUCUUUUAUAUGCAAACUAACUUGGAAUUCAUAUGUGCUGCCUGAGAGGCCAACAGGUCAAUAAAUACAAUAAAAAGCACAGCACAAUAUAAGAGAGAGGAGCAGAUUAGAUGUUCUGUAUGCAUCCCCUCCCCCACCUUGAACCACUUUGUAUUGAAUGGAUCAGAUGCCAGUAGGUGUAACCCGGAAGAACCAGCCACCUGCAAAAAAUGCAACAUUGAACUCUUUAUUAAUAAAGCCCGAUUAACGAAAAACUCAUACGGAAUUCACCAAGGGACAGGCGACAAAGUAAAAAGAGGACUGGUUACAAAAGUUUUUUUUUAAAUACUUCCAACUUGAAAAUUGCCCUGCUCCUUACAAUAUUGAAGCCUGAGGCUGCAACCCUCACUCACCUCUAGGGAGCGAUUCAAUUGAAGCGGCCCUACUUCUAGGCUAAGGUAGAAAUGCGUGGCAACUUUCUACUCGGGGAAGACUAACAUGGAGUCGCCCUUUGCUCUUAAGCCAAUUCUCUUUGGUUUUGCCUUCUGUCUCCCAGCCCCCCUCGGCCUUUCCUAUUCCGCCGGCAGCCCCCAGAACCAGGCCAACCACCGCCGCAAGAUCUCCGGGGCUGCGCUGGUAGCGAGCGCGCUGCCGCAGCCCGAAGAACAGGAAGCUCGCGUGGCCCACCGAGCCCGGGCAUCACGUGACGCAGCACGUGGAGCCGCGCAAGCCGCUCCGCUCGGGUCAACUUCGGGUAUCGGCGCCCGCCGCGGAAGAGCCAAGCGGGGUGGCCGCCGCUCCUGCUGCUAUGCCCGCGCCACGGUGGGUGCUCUCUCCUCCUCCUCCUCCUCGGCUCGGCGGCUCCCGCGGGUGACUUCCUCGCCGUCCGUUCCAUGCAGCCCCUCCGCGGCGGAAGCGUUUUUGCUCCAGCGUGAAACCUGCCUUGCUGUCGCCUUGCGCGCCCGCCCGCUUUGGAUGGUGCUUCCCCUGGCCCCGUGGGUGCCGCGGGCGGCGGGACUAAUAUGCUGACGCGGAUGAGGUCUGCCGUGGCCAAUCUGGUGGGAGGCAUCAUGUCCGGCAGUUCGGGCUCGGAGCCCGGCGGGGGCUUGGAUUUGCCUGCUCGCUUUCCCUAUGGCAGACCCGACUUCCUGGGGCUCUCUCAGGACGAGGUCGAGUGCUCCGCCGAUCACAUCGCCCGCCCCAUCCUCAUCCUCAACAAGGAGACCCAGCGGCUGCCCUGGACCACGGGAUACGCAGAAGUGAUCAAUGCAGGGAAAAGUACACAUAAUGAGGACCAAGCAAGUUGCGAAGUGCUUACGGUGAAGAAGAAAAUUGGAACAACUAAUUCAACACCAAACAGAAAUUCCUCUAGUAAGCGGAGAUCGUCAUUGCCCAAUGGGGAAGGAUUGCAGUUGAAAGAGAAUUCAGAAUCGGAUAGCAUCUCUUUUCAUUAUUGGUCAUUAUUUGAUGGCCAUGCUGGAUCUGGAGCAGCUGUGGUAGCCUCCAAGUUGCUGCAGCAUCACAUUGUAGAGCAGUUGCAGGAGAUUGUGGACAUCCUGAAAAACUCUGCUAUUCCACCGCCAACCUGCUUGGGGGAAGAGCCAGAAAGCAUGAAUGCCAACAUCAGAACUCUAACCCGGGCAGCCUCAUUGAGAGGAAGUGUUGGAGCUCCCGGUUCACCUGGCACUCCACCUACUCGCUUCUUUACAGAAAAAAAGAUCUUGCAGGAAUGCCUUGUCAUGGGAGCCAUUGAAACUGCAUUCAGGGAAAUGGAUUUGCAGAUAGAACGUGAAAAAGCUGUCUUCAAUAUAUCUGGUGGUUGUACGGCUCUUGUGGUGGUGUAUUUACUGGGGAAACUCUAUGUGGCAAAUGCAGGUGAUAGCAGAAAUUUGUCAGUGUCCUCUUUUAAUAUACAGGCAUAUAUGCAACCCCAUUUGCUGGGAAAUGAAUUUACACAUUUGGAGUUUCCAAGGAGAGUUCAGCGAAAGGAAGUUGGGAAAAGAAUGCUUUAUCGAGAUUUCAGCAUGAUUGGCUGGGCAUACAAAACCAUUGAAGAGGAUGAUUUGAAGUUUCCCCUUAUAUAUGGAGAAGGAAAGAAGGCUCGUGUCAUGGCAACUAUUGGGGUUACAAGAGGGCUUGGAGAUCAUGACCUGAAGGUGCAUGACUCGAACAUCUACAUCAAACCGUUUUUGUCCUGCUCACCAGAGGUAAGAGUUUAUAAUAUUCUCCAGUAUGAGCAUGGACCGGAUGAUGUGCUUAUCUUAGCUACUGAUGGACUCUGGGAUGUACUAUUAAACGAAGAAGUAUUAGAAGCCAUCACUAAUUUCCUGCCAAACUGUGACCCUGAUGACCCACACAGGUACACACUAGCAGCUCAGGAUUUGGUAAUGCGAGCUAGGGGAGUGCUGAAGGACAGAGGCUGGAGAAUAUCCAAUGACCGACUGGGCUCAGGAGAUGACAUUUCGGUCUUCGUCAUCCCUUUAAUACAUGGAAAUAAACUCUUGUAAAAGCAGCAUCAGUGCUAGUAACAGGAAACAUUUGAUUAACAACGUCCUUUGGAAAAUAUAGUUUUCUGAUAAUUGAAAAUAGUGGUUCAAACAUUCUCUUAAGCUUGAGUAACCUGAUCUCUUUGUACUUGAAAGCUACGGCUGAUUUUCACAUAAUCUCUUAGAGGUUGCAGCUUCCCUAAGCUUAUAUUAUUGGUACAUAACAGGCAGUGGUGAAAUUCAAUUUUUUUUACUAACAGUUCUGUGGGCACGGCUUGGUGGGCGUGGCAAGGGAAGGAUA